UAUAGCGGAUACCCUUCCACACACCUUAUUGCACCUCCACCUCCCUGAUAUCUAGCGCUCUUUCUCUGAUCUACUUACGAUAACACCAUGUCUGCUGCUACAGAAUCAAGUGAAAUGAUAGAGAUUAAAGCGCUGCUAAAAAUGCUUGUUGAAUCUCAAGCUAAACAAGCUGAGUCUCAGGCUAGACUUGCAGAAACACAAGCUGACACUCAACAGCAUAUCAUAGAGAUAUUAGAAAGCACUAUCAGUGCUGGUCAUAAACAACAAGAAGGAGAUACUGUCAACAAUGAAACUGAUAAAGAAGAGAUCACACAGGCACAUGCUGAUGCUGAUGAUAAAGAAGAAGCCGAUGAUGAUGAUGAUGAUGAUGAUAAAGAAGACGAUGGUGGUGUGGUGGCAAAUUAUGUUCCUGGCAAGCACGAUAUACUAUACGAAGCAAUAUCGGAAAAUGAUUGGGGAAAGGCCACCGAAUAUCUUAAGCACAAUCCUGAAGCGAUUAACGAAGGGAUCACAUAUGACUCAAGUACAGCAUUGCAAUUGGCAAUCGAUUUGGGGAUAGGGACACCAAUUAUAGAAGAAAUUGUGAAACUCAUGAAACCAAAAAUGCUUGAAUGUAAAAAUACUGAAAAUGGGAACACCGCACUUCAUCUUGCUGCCUGGCGUGGAAACACUAAAGUUGCUGUGAUGUUAGUAAAUACAAACUCUAAGCUGCCUCAGAUACGUAGUUACUCUGGGAAGACACCGCUCGAGUCUUCUCUUGGACGUUUUACAGUUGGGCAGAAGGAGAUAGUUGAGUAUCUUUACUCUGUAACAAGAGACGAAGAGCCUAGCCCAUUUGUGGGUAACGAGGGUGCUACCUUAUUAUGCAGGGCAAUUUUUGCUAAUUUCUACAAUCUAGCGUUAUGUCUUGUCAAUCGGUUUCCAGAAUUGGUUAUGGUGGAAUCAUCCGCAUAUGGUAUGUGUGGAUUGGAGUUGUUGGUACGGAGGCCGUUUGCCUUCAGAAGUGGAGCUAAGAUGACAUGGUGGCAGGACCGCAUUUAUUCAGUAAUUCAAGUGGACAUAAAUACUUCAUAUGGGCAACCAAUUACUUGUCAGUCCUCGUUGGAAUCCAAAAGAGAUGAAGACAACCGUCUAGAAGUCAAAGACACUGAAAUAGACGAAGAGAACCCUCUAGAGUUCGUCGAAAGAGAUAAAGAAAACCGUCCUAAAAUCACCAAAGCAGAGGAAAGCUUACAAGUUUCCUCAAAUAGUGAUAAAGGAAUCUUACUGCCUUGCUUAACACGAGGCGCCUCCUGCUCAACUCAAUAUGAUCUCAGGAGUAGCUCUUCAGAUGCAACGAGAACUUCAGUGGUUUCAGGGGGUGGAAGGUAUGAUGUCGGAAUGUGAUAGGUGGCAGAGGAAUAAGAAUGGAGAUACUGCUCAGUUUAUAUUUCAAGUGGAACACAAGGAUUUGCUAAAGAAAGGAGAGGAUUGGAUGAAAGAUACCUCUGGGU